AUGUCCUCGACUGAUAACCGCGACAUCCUGCUCGACUCUGGGCUGCCCAACGUCGACGCCAUGUCGCUCGACAACUACACAUUCCCCAAGGAACGAUUGAAGAAGACUCUCUCAAACCCCAAGAAGCAGCCUCUCGUGCUUGUAUCAUGUGGAUCCUUCUCCCCGCCAACAAAUCUACAUCUGCGCAUGUUUGAAGAGGCUGCCGACUACUGCGAGUUCGAGACCGACUACGAGGUUGUGGGCGGCUUCUUCAGCCCUGUCGGUGACGCCUACAAGAAAGCUGGACUGGCUUCCGCACAACACCGAAUCAACAUGACGAGGAUCGCUGUAGAGGACAGCUCGACUUGGAUUGGUGUUGACCCCUGGGAGCCGCUGCACAAGGAGUACCUCCCAACCGUCAAGGUACUCGACCACUUCGACCAUGAACUUAACGAGGUCAUGGGAGGCAUUACGAGCGAGAACGGCGAGAAGCGACGCAUCCACGUAGCGCUGCUCGCAGGCGCCGACCUAAUCCAAACCAUGAGCACACCGGGCCUCUGGGCUCGCGAGGAUCUAAGCAGAAUCUUGGGUCAUUAUGGUGCCUUCAUCCUCGAGCGUAGUGGUACUGAUAUCGACGAUGCGCUCGUACAGCUCCAGCAGUGGAGGGAGAACAUCCGCGUCAUCCCGCAACUUAUCCAGAACGAUGUCUCCUCCACCAAGAUCCGCCUCUUCCGCAAGCGGGGUAAGAGCAUCCGCUACUAUAUCCCAGACAAGGUCGUCGACUAUAUCUACGAACACGGCCUCUAUAGCGACGACGAGAAGAAAGCAGCCGACAAGGGCAAGGAGACAGCAUCCACCGAGGCUGUUGGGUCCUCACAGAGCGUUUCUGCCUCUUGA